AUGUCCAUGUCAAUGGGUGACAUGCCUGCGGGCUCAAUGUCCAUGGGCGAUGGCAUUCCAAGUCUGUUCACCCUACAGAAAAUGUACUGGGCUGUCGUGGGAAGUGCAAUCGGUGCGGCAACCCUUGUUAACGUGCUGGAUCGCGUUAUUGCUAGCCACCGCUUGCGAGAUUCUUCACUCACACCUGCCAAACCAAAAUCAAUUUUCUUCAAUCUCUACGCUACCAUCACAGCAACAGCCCGCGAAGUCAGCUAUGCAACUCCACAACCGCUCCAACUGGGAGGAUUCACUCUCCAUUUCCCACCACUUGGACCCGUCCUCAUCAUGCUAGCCAAUCUGAUAGUGGUCAUGGUCCUCUGUUUCUACAAGCUGGACACCCUGGAUCCAUGGGCAUGGGAGAACGUUGGCUACCGUACUGGUUUCAUUGCGAUUUGCCAGCUGCCAUUGAUAUUUUUGUUGUCAGGUAGACAGAACAUUAUUGGGCUCUUGGCAGGAAUGAGCCACGUCAGUUUGAACUGGUACCAUCGCUGGGUUUCCCGGAUACUGUGGCUGACUACCACCAUCCAUAUGGGAUUCUGGUUCCGCGAUUGGAGCCGUUGGAAUUAUAUCACCUACCAGCUUAAUAACGAUCCGUUGACGAAGCGUGGGUUUGCCGCUUGGAUCAUCCUCACCUUUAUUGUGAUCACCUCUUUCGCUCCUAUCCGUCGUCUUAGUUAUGAGUUCUUUGUUAUCCAGCAUCUAGUCACUUUUGUUGGCUUUCUUGUUGCGGUAUGGAUGCAUGCACCUAAUGAAGUCAAGACCUGGGUAUGGAUUCCGAUUGGGCUUCUGGUCUUCGAUAGAGUUGCUCGUUACGCCUGGGGUGCAUAUGCGAACCUGGCCAUUUUUCACCGAAAGAACCAAUCCAAUGCUCUCUGGACACACUCCGCUAAGUUUACCCCACUGCCCGGAAAUGUCACUUGCGUUACUAUCGAAAACCCCGGUAUUGGGUGGCAACCUGGUCAGCACGUCUACCUUACUUGCCACUCUGUCGUUCCAUUGCAAUGUCAUCCAUUCACAAUUGCUUCGAUCCCAGAAGACAAAAAGAUGAAAUUCUUUAUCCGCGCUGAGAAGGGGGGAACGAGACAUUUCUUCCGGCAUGCGUCAAAGAGCGAUAGUUUAUCGGGGAAAGGACAAGUGAUGUCUGGUACAACUGUUUUUAUUGAAGGGCCAUAUGGAAGCAUUCGGCCCUUGCGUCAGUUCGACAGUGUCAUACUGCUGGCAGGUGGCAUGGGUGCGACAUUCACAAUGCCUCUUCUGCGGGACGUUGUCUUAGCAUGGAAGAUGGAGAGUAACGGAGGACAGACACCCGCUCGCAUCGCUCGCCUAACAGCCACCAAGCGGUUGCGGUUUGUCUGGGUAAUCAAAUCACGUUCUCAGCUGACUUACUUUGACUCCGAACUUCAGUCUCUUCUGGCAGAUGUGAAUGAGUGUCGACGCACACAUUCGAGUUUCGAGAAGGAGAUUGAAAUCAGCAUUUAUAUCACAUGUGAUGAAAAGCUGGAUCCGCCUACAUCUACCUUGCUACCAUUGCAGACACAGCCUGACCCAAUGCUGGGAGCCUUUAAGCAAGAUGAGACCAAGAAGCUCUCCGAGAAGGACAAUAUUUUGAUUCACUCUAUCUCUGCCGAGUCAACCUCGACUUCAGGCCCUGUGGUAACAGGCAAGGGGUGUCUCCCUGGUGGAGGCUGCUGUUGCACUGUUCAAAUUGAAGAUGAGGAUAUCAGUACCACCUGUGCCUGUACCUGCUCCGGCUCAGCGCCUGUUCAAUCUGAGAAGACUGCUCUGGAUGUGAAGGCCCGUCAGUUCGAGGACUCCACAAGCAAAAACAUCUUUUAUCCCAACAUUCUCUCUGGUCGUCCCACCCCACGAACCAUCAUCCGCAAGGUCUUGGAGAAAGCUGAAGGAGAAAGUGCUGUGGUUGUGUGCGGACCUCGUGGCCUAGCAGACGAUGUCCGCCGUAGCGUGGUUUCUCUAAGCGACGAACGAGCUGUGCAUAAAGGAACUGGCGCGCAAGGGAUUUACUUGCAUGUUGAGAACUUUGGUUUAUGA